AUGUUGAACCAAGUCGAUCCAUACAAGUCUCUGGCUCUUGGAACGAGCCAGCGAGUGAAGCUCAACACUGACGCACCAUUCACGCCCACAUAUAUUCAGGCAUCACUCACUCAAUCAGCAGAUCCACAGGGUAUAUACACGAAUCGUGUCAAGAAUAGGCACAUUGUCCUAGAAAACCCUGCUCGCACCAGUAACGCACAGAAAGAACGUGACGCAAAGAAAGCAAGGAGGGAAUCGGAAAAGAAGAAGAGAAAAACGGCUGCACUGGGGAGAAGAUCCACAGACGCAAAGGGCCUCUGGAAGCUUGAGAAUGGGGCAGAAAAAUUUAAUCUAUUCCUCCCACUCCAUCAGCUAUGGAUGGGAUACAUGUCUGAACUCUUAGGCCUAUCGCCUCCAUCUUCCGUUCCGGUCGCCGAAGCAAUGCCUAACGCAUCAUCGAUGCACCCAAAGCUGGUGAAGGCCGAUUUCCACGGUUCUCUAUUGACAGUCCGCCAGAGCAAGAAUCCUUGUUUAGUCGGCCUAUCUGGUAUUGUGAUCCACGAAACUGAGAACGCUUUCAAAGUAAUCACUCGCAAAGAUCAACUCAAAUUGAUCCCAAAACAGAACUCAAUAUUCACGCUAGCGGUUCCCCUAUACUCUACAUUGCCUCAAACGCAAUUCGAGUCAGCUGAAGCUGUCAGCUCUGCGCUGAGUGGUCAACGUUCAGGAACUGUCCUGGAUGCUCCGCAUAUCGCCUUUGAUUUGUAUGGCAAUCAAUUUUGUUUCCGAUCUGCAGAUCGUGCAGGUCGGAAGUUCAAGGCAAAGGAAACAAUCGAGUUAUAG